AGUCCCGCCCACAGCACACAAAGACAAAAUGGAGUUGACGCUACCUGGCUGAUGUUCGGUACAGUUGCGUUUAUUAUUGUUUAGUCCUUGGAGGAUUUGAUUAACUGAUACAACUAAAGUUGACUGAAAGCCCGGACGAUACGGAUUUCAAAAUGUUUUGGACUUUAUUCGUCGUCGGAUUAAUGGCGACAGAGUCCGCCCUGGCCAUCUCGGUCCAGUGUCCUACAAAGAAGUAUGUCGUCAUCCUGUUUCAGCCCGUCACCCUCACCUGUAAUUACCAGACAACCGCUACUCAGCCUCCUGUCGUCACAUGGAGAUACAAAUCUUACUGCCGUGACCCGAUCCAGGCUGCGCUCAACCCCAGCAGCGCAGAGAACAUCCUGGCUCAAAACAACCCCAACUUUGACCCCAACAUCGAGUGUGCAGACAGUCAGAGGACAGUGCGCAUUGUUGCCUCCAAACAGUCGAAUGCAGUCACACUUGGAGCGGAGUAUCAGGGCCGCAAGAUCAGCAUCCUGAACAAUGCGGACCUAAAUAUUGCACAGACGGCUUGGGGAGACAGCGGUGUCUACGUCUGCUCUGUGAUCUCCUCCCAAGAUCUUUCAGGAAACGGUGAAGACUACACAGAGCUAAUUGUUCUCGAGAGAAAGUCAAAUACUACUGACCUCCUGCCUGGCAUUGACUUACUGGUAUUGGAAGACUGGCUCCUGGUUGUUCUGGUGGUCCUGGGCUUCCUGUUGCUGUUGCUCCUGAUCGGGAUCUGCUGGUGCCAGUGUUGUCCUCACACCUGCUGCUGCUACAUCAGUUGUCCCUGCUGUCCAGACCGCUGCUGCUGUCCUCGAGCGUUGUAUGAAGCAGGAAAGGCUGUGAAGAAAGGCCUGCCCAAUCAAUACGCUCCCACUCUCUACGCUCCCAGUAUGUUUGCUCAGCCGGCGUACGGCGGCUCGCUUGCGAACCAGCCGGCCAUGCCCCUGCUGCCUAUGCCGAACGGACCCCCACCCCCCCAGAAUGGGUACAGCCGUGACUACGAUGGCACCAGCUCAGUGGGACAGGGCUCCCAGGUGCCUCUGCUGCAUGAUCAAGAUGGAGGAGACCCAACUCGCAGCGGGUAUCGUAUCCAGGUGGACCCCAACGGAAAUGCCACACGAGCUAUUUACUACAUGGAGAGGGAGCUGGCCAAUUUGGAUCCGUCCAGACCGGCAAACUACAACCGCUUGGACAAUGUCAGCGAGGUCACCUCCCUCCACGACGGCCUGGACCCCCGAGGCCGCGGCGGCCGUUCUCAGCCGCCACCCCUGGCCACCGUCUACGACCGGGACGAAGCCAUGAGCACCAUCAGCAGCGUUUCCCAGCAAGGGCGCCGCGGCGGGGGCGGCUACAUGGGGGGCCACGUGCGCGCCCGCUCCAUGGACAACCUGGACGACAUCGGACGCCGAUACCGCCGAGACGACCGCACGCCAAACCGCCGCCCAGAUGAGCCCAGAGGCCGGCGGGGUUCGGACGACGGGUGGAGCAGCAGCGCUCGCAGCGGCUACGACAGCCGCUACGACGACCGCAGACGCCGCGACUACUCCCCGGAGGAUCGUCGCAGAGGAGAGGGAGGAGCCUACGGCGGCCUGCAAGGGCGCCGCAGCCGCAGCCGCGACGAUCUGAUGGACCUGGAGAGGGACCGUCGGCGCGGCGGUGCCAGUCGGGGGAGGGACGACUACGACGACAGCUUCCUGCGGGAGGCCAUGGAGAGGAAGAGGAUGGGCGAGGCGCAGAGGGCGCGCAGCCGAGAGCGACUGGACAGCGAGAGUGACCGCUCCGAACGGGGCAGGGGGCCACGAGGGCCACCGCCGCUUCCUGUCAGCCCACCGUCUGGAAACCUGGGUCGCCGUGACGACUACCCUCCUCCACUGCCACCUCCCUACAGCGAUGACGGAAGCGUGUCGUCCUCAAAGAAAAGUAACCUUCGCAAGAAUGGCGCUGUGAGUCGGGAGAGCUUGGUGGUGUGAUAAAGAUUCCUGCUGAUGAUUCCAGCAGCUAAGUCCUACAAUAAUGAGGCCCUGUUCAUUUACCUAGAAGAAACCGCUAACCAUCUAAGAAUGUAAAUAUUAGUCAUCAAACAGCAAAUUUUCUGUGCGGGUAUCAUGACUUCAUUGAAAAUUAACCUUUGUAUGUUUGCAGUGAUGAUGCUGAAUGUGACUGUAUACUUUUCUAAAAGGGAAGAGCUUCACAGAUGAGAUGAGACUUUUCCUGUAAAAAUACGAUGUGGCUGCCACAAGUGCCUUAAAGUGUACAGACUAAUAGUUUUUAGAUGUGUGAACGAUGAGCUGAACCUGUUUACUCUAACAAGUAAGCAAGUUUCCAACAGUUUUAACACAUAGUUUCAGUUCAGAGAUCCAUUUAGUUUUAUUGGGGUCUCAGAUUUUAUUGUUGUAUUUUUGCAAAAAACUUUUUUUUUUAGAGAUGAUGUACAUUUUAAAGAAUUUCGUAUACAUUUGCUUUCCACCUUUGCUCGUACUAGCGUGCUCACUGUGUUUAGUAACCUGGUGGAGUAAAGUAUUUUUUUUGGACUGGAUUUUAUGUUCUUUCUUAUUUUUUACACACAAUUGCAGUUUAACCUCCAAUAUAUUGUACAGCUGACCAACAAUACACCCUGAAAAUACAAAUGACUUCCUUGUGAUGUGAUAAAACCUGAUUUUACAAUAAAGGUCUCAAUUUCCA